UUUCCGUGCCACAUUGUUUCAAGCACAAUCUCGCACCUUCUGCGGCACCAAACACUACUUCCACCCAACAGCACGCCCUCGCACCGCGCGGGACUCCUCAGACAGCCGCGAGGACAGACCGCUACAGCCGCACGCACCUCCCCCGCCGCCGGCAACCAAUCAGAGCGGCAACGGCUCGCCCAGCCCGUUCGCCCCUUUCUCUCCAGCGAAUGCGGCGCGGGAGGGGAGGAGGGCGGUCAGCGGGCGGGGUCUGAGGCGGGGCGGGAGGCGGCGCGGAGGCUCCGCUCGGCCGUUGCCAGCCGCUAGGGGCGGGGGGGGGCGGGGAGACGCCCGCCAUGCUGAUCACGCUCUGCUACCUCUACCUAUGGGCGCGCUGGGGGCCUUGUUCGGCCGCGCUCAUCCGUCGCACUGUGCGCCGCCUCCACCGCUCCCGCUGCUCCUUCAUCUUCUGUUGCUCCGCCGGCCCUGCGCCGCCUCCGGCUCAUCCGCCGCAUCCGCCGCGCAGGUCGGCGCCGCUUGAGGAGCGCGUCUGCCUCAGGAUAGGAAACAAAGUCUUCUUCACGGACGAGACGCAGCUCCUCGAUGAUUUAAACAGAUGGAGUCUACUUCUCAUUUCUCCUUUUAUUUAUCCUGAUAAGUUACUCGAAACAGAACAUAUAGCUUUUGUGACAGAAAGCAUUUCAGCUCAGGCAGACAACUUGCAGAAAUUACCUGUCUCUUCAAAAGAGAUUGUGAAGUGGUCUGACUAUUGUUUACCGUUGGCCUAUAAACCUGGGGAACCUUAUAAAUUAAUUGCUGAAGCAAGUGUAGAUAAUUUCAGUAACCUUGGAAUAGCAUUCAUGGAAGACAGGCUUCAGAUGGAUAAUGGAAUGGUUCCAUACAAGAUUGUUUCUGUCCAUUUACAAGAAACUACUCUGAGUGAGUUAAAACAGGUGACACCAUCUAUGAAAGAUAGGAGUGUAAGCGUUACACAGAUGAAUGAAGUAAUUCCUGCUACUUCUGGGACUACUGUUAAAACACAAUUGGGAGUAGCUGAGUCUGCAGGACAAGGUGAUACAGAGGCAAAAGAAGAGAAAUCUAAGCUAGGGAAAGAAAAUGAGCAUGAAGAUGAAUCCAGCAGCCUAUCUGACAAAGAGACAGGUUUUGGAGAACAUCAUCACUUGCAUCUUUCCAGCUGUCGUGAAUGUCUGCAACUUGAAAACAGCACUAUUGAAUCGGUCAGAUUUGCCUCUGUGGAAGACAUUCCAGAACUUCCAGACGAUUGCAGUAGCAAACUGGAAGAGAAUGGUGAUUGUUUAGCAACAGGAAUAAAGAGAGUAAACCUUGCUGGAAAGCCCCCGAAUAUAUUGAUUUAUGUUGGCUCUGGAACUGCCAAAGUGGACUUUGAGCAAGUAAAAUCAAUCAUUCAGGAAUGCAUUGAUACAGACAGCUACACCAUCUACCAGCUGCAUGAGGAACAAGUUCUGAAAGCUCCAUGGAUUGAUAAUUCACUACUGUUGAUCAUUGCCACAGAGAAGCCUAUUUCUGAGAAGAACCAAAAACAGUUUAUGAAGUUUUUAUCUAAAGGUGGAAAGAUUCUAGGGUUGUCUUCCUCUUUUACAUUUGAUGAUAUACAAAUAAAGAGAAAAGACAAACUCAAGAAAACUGUUCAUGAAUUACUGGUCUCUAAACCAGACAGUACUGAAAUUAAAUUAAAUCUUUUGAUCAGUGGCUGUAUUUUUGAGGUAGGGAUGAAGGAAGGGAGCAACAAAGUGAAGCCAUUGAGUUGCUUAAAUAAUGCUGACAAAGAUAUAGUUAUUGUUCAUCUGCCUUAUGGAGACAAUGGAGGAGAAGCCAUUCUUUCUCAGGUGCAUUUGGAACUGGAUGCCAAUUCUGUGGAUAUCCAAACUGAAGAGGAUUUUAAUUUGCUUAAGAUGAGCAAUCCCAAGAGAUACGAAGUUCUCAAGGAGAUUCUGAUAUCUCUUGGCCUGAGUUGUGAAUUAAGUGAAAUUCCUAUGUUAACGCCAAUUUACCUUCUCUCUUCUGAUGAGGAAAUUCAUCUUGCAUUUUUGAAAUGGCUUGAGGAAAAUGUAAAUGUUGAAGGAUUAAUAGAAUCCAGCAAAGUGUCUCUUAAAUUUGUUUCAUCUUGUGAAUCGAAAAUGGGGAUAACUCCAUCUCUCAUGUCAGUCAUCACGAAGAUGGGAAGCUUCUCAUCAGAACAUUUCAGCCUGGAGACAUAUCAACAGAAUCUGCAAACAAAGAAACUUGGAAAGAUUCUUUUCUUUACUGAAGUUACCACCACAACAAUGAAUCUUCUUGAUGGGUUAAUGUUCAAGUUGCCUGAGGAGAUGGGUUUAAUAGCAGUUGCUGUUCGACAAACACAAGGGAAAGGUCGUGGCGGAAAUGUUUGGCUCAGUCCCGUGGGCUGUGCACUAUCCACUUUACAUAUCACAAUUCCUCUACAUUCCAACCUGGGCCAGAGAAUUCCUUUUAUUCAACACCUAGUGUCCUUGGCAGUGGUAGAGUCAGUUAGAUCAAUACCAGGAUAUGAGGAUAUUGACCUGCGAGUGAAAUGGCCAAAUGAUAUUUAUUACAGUGAUCUUAUGAAGCUUGGUGGAGUUCUGGUAACCUCUACACUUAUUGAAACAACAUUUCAUAUACUUAUUGGCUUUGGAUUUAAUGUGAAUAACAGCAACCCUACCAUAUGCAUCAAUGACCUCAUUACAAAAUUUAAUAAGGAAGAGGGGACAAAUCUGAAGGCUUUAACUGCAGACUGCCUUAUUGCAAGAACUGUAACUGUGCUAGAGAGGCUUAUAGACAUUUUUCAGGAGAAAGGGCCCAAUGGAGUUCUUCCUCGUUACUACAAGUACUGGGUACACAGUGGCAAGCAGGUUCGUCUCCACAAUGAGGAGGGCCCAUUGGCAUGGAUAGUCGGGAUUGAUGAUUAUGGAUUCCUUCAAGUUCAUGAAGAAGGCAAAGGUGUAGAGUCUGUGCAUCCAGACGGCAACUCUUUCGACAUGCUGAAAAACCUCAUAAUCCCAAAGCAUUAAUAAUUCUCAGAGUUCACAGUGCAAAAGGAGAUUCUUUACUAUUCAGUAACGAGUAGCUGAAGUUGGGUAGAGGCGAGAAGGAUGUUUGAUGGCUUGUUUGAUUUUCUUCUUCCUAUUUCUGAUCUCUUUGUUCUUUGAGAUGGAUAUCUGCAACAGUUUAAGAAGAGUUAAUUAUCUCUUUGAUGAAGGUGUUUAUUCUUCUUUAUUGUUUUAAAAACUCAUCUGUGUUGCCAUUCUUUGUAAGCAUCUAUUCUUUAAAAGGACUCUGAUUUCAAAGGAAUACUGUGUGAUGAACAGAACUUUUUCUUCAAUUACUCACUGUGUUUGAGAAACCGAAGUGGCUAAAUAUUUUGUUUUCAAGUCUCUGUGUUUUUAUUGUGCUUUAGCACAAUGAAGUACAAUAUUUACAUUUUUACUAUGUUGUAUUAACUAGAUUCUGGUUUUUGCACUGUCUGCAGUGGAAUCAUCUGGAAGAGCUCAUCAUGUAUUUCUGAAUUACUGGGCUUAACACUGUGUUUAGAUUCCGGUCUAAGUAGAGACUUGCUGACUUGGUUCUUCUGCACAUGGACCUGUACAACAGUUUACAAACUAUGCUUUGGUCACAGGUCUGCAACUCUGUCAUGGCUGCCUUGAAUUUUUGGAGAGUCUUCCAUCAGCUCUUAAGAACUGUGGUCAGUUAUGCCAAUUUAUUUUUAGCCUGCUCUUCUUAGCCAAUUGGAUCUAAGCAAAUAAUCUCAUACCUCCUUUGAAUCAGUGUUCCAAAAGGCUUUAGCCCUGCACAAAUAGCUCACUGGAGGUCAUGACUAGUGUAGCUUCUGUUUUCAAUGCCCUUGUACAGGUUUGAAGUAUAACAGUAAUUCCACUGUAAUAGCGAUGAAGUUAAGCAAAUAAAAGAAGAUGUCCCACUCUUAAGAUCCCUGCUACAACCACUCUGUUGGAAAUGAUAAAACAUUCAGUUACUUGUGUCCAAAUUCUCUUCCAUUGCUUCUGUUUUCACCAAUCCCUUUCCCAAAGCAGGGCAUCUGGUUUUUCUGCUAACCACUGAAAACAAGAGGUUUGGCAUCUGCUGACUUGGAGAUAGCUUGCUUUUGGAGCAGGCUGCAUGGUUCUGGAUUAGGUGUAAGAGCUUGGUCAUGACUGGAAAGCAUCGUGAGGUAGGCAUGUGGGAGCUCCUGUGUGAUAGGCAGCUUGUUGGGUUUCUUUCCUGUGCCAGAUGACUUUGCAUUAGGAGUCUGGCCACAGAGCACUUCAAAUGGUUCUCUCAAACGAGAAGUUUACCAUAGGUGUGAUGUGGCCAGCUUCAUUUCCUCAAGUAGGCAGCGCUGCUUAUUAUAUACCUCGUCCCUACUUAAGGUGGAUCAGCCACAUUGGUUUCCACAAAGCACUUCUGUCUACCAGCCAGAAAUGGGUUUUUUAGGUUAAAGUUCACCUCAUAAACAAUCUGAACUUGUUAGUAGAUUGUUUCAGUUACAAAGCCAAGAAGUCUUAAAGCCAAGAAGCUAGUCUGUAAUGGUAAUUUAGAGUAAUCCUCACAUACUAGUUUUUAGGUGGUUUGGCAGCAAGUGCUAGAAAUUAAGUUGUCCCUCUCACACUUGGGAUUUUUCACUCCAUAUCACAAUAUAUUAGUGUGUGUGCCUGGUUGUCUGUCCCCUGCUGUUUUGUUUCCCCUUGUGAGCUGUGUCCUACAAGACUGCACACCAGUAUUUCAUAGAAUUGUACAGGGGAGUGUAGACAGCUGUUAACUGGCUUAGCUAAAAUGAUGCACAAGAAGACCAGUUUUUACUUUUUCCCCCCAAUGCUUUCAAAACAGCUUUGGGCUGUUAGUUCUUGGGAACUACCUUUAUUUCGGAAUCAAGUAUUGAUGCAUAUUAUAAUAAAGUAAAAUGUAAAUCUGAGUUAAUAAGGUUUUUAAAAGAGCCCAUUUGUAUAUACGCAUGUAUAGUAUAUGCAUGUGUGGGUGUAUGCAUACAUCUUCCUUGUGUGUUUUCACUUCUUUUCUACCUUUUCUAGCUGUGGCUAGCAUAGUUCUAUUACUGGUUUUUGACAACAGAAUUUUUAAAAACUUUAGAUCUAUAUCUCAAAGUGUCUGUUUUGUUACAGUAGAAUGUGUCAAUAGGAAACACUGUUGGUAUAACUCGUAUUUCAUUUGAGUGGCUGUAGAGAUUUCUUUAAAUGACCAGGCCAUGCAUUGCUUCCUUACAACAUGCUCUUCCCUACACUAGGUGCAAGGUCUGUGAAAGAAUGAUGGAGAAAAAGAUAAAGCACGUUUCUGUAGGAAGGGCAGAAUGGAGUACUUGCAGAACUUCACUUCGCUGAACAAGUGCUGAGCAGAAAGCAGAUGUGUUUUCAGUAGUGAAAUGCUGCAAUAUUUCAUGAUUGCUGUCAUUCCAUUUUGGCUUUCUUCAUAGUCUUUGCAAUGUAAAGCGUAUUUUAUUCUUGCUUUGCGUUUUAAGAUUAUUCCAAAAUAAGUUUGCACUGGGAAGAAACUUAGCAUUGAACUUCCAUUCUGGAAUUGAGAACUGUCAGCUUUGGAUUUGUCAGAGCAUGGUAGGUGAUGAGGGGACACUCCUUUGCCUCUACUUUUUAAUGCUCUUUUCCUAUGCAUCCACUGCUACCUGCUGUCUUGGGGAAGCGGCCUUGAGUUGGAUGAAGUGUUUGUUACAGACCUUACCUUUCCUUCAGAAAAACCAAAGAACUUCACAAAGAAAAUUCAUGUUACAUGCAGAGAGCAUUGGAGUAAGAUUAUUCUGACUUGCAGGUGUUACUGUCAGGAAAGCCCAUGAACCUUCCUAUACCACGCUCAUCCCAAUGUGCCUGGGAAUCACAGCCAUUGGUCGUACCCUUUCUUAUGUGUAUCUUGAAAACCACAGUAGUUUUCUAUGAAAAUCAUUUUUAGUAUUGUUCUUUACAUAAUACAGACGAAUGUGGUGUUGUGUGGUCUCAGAACGCAGGUAUGGAGGGACUCAGGCAUCUCCAGACCCAGAAGUAAUGCACUGAAAAUGUUUAGUUUUAUUAAAUUGUAGAACAUUUCAUCUGUUGUAAGGCUGAUGUCAUAUCUUGAUGGAGUGCUUUCAAAAAAAACGUUUAUUAUGAUGUCCGUAUUUCUGUGACUUCCUUUUUUUUCUUCCUCUCAGACUGUUGCACCUUUUCUCAUCACACAUUGUGAAAAUAUCUGUAGAGGUUGUUUGUUGCCACAGGGACUUUUGCAGAGCGAGCUGGGCAUGUUGGCACCUGUCUGCAUUCAGAAGGAGUACGCAGGUUGCGUCCCUGCAGGACCAGUUCUGUUUCCAAAGAUUUGAAAAAGGAAUAAUAUACUUAAUGUGUAAGAGUUCAAGCAGCGCAUCUCACUUCUAUUAAAGGUUUUUAAGAUUUCAGAGCUUUUUUAAAAUCUGUCCAGCAAAUGUAAUAUACUUCAAGGGCUAUUAUCUGGAAAUAUUGGAGUAUUUAAUUCUUUAUGCUGCUGUUUAAUUGUUCAACUUGUUUGUUUGUUUAAUUAUUUCUUUGCUUUUUUUGAUGCAACUACGAGACUUCACACGUCUAAAAAAUUGCUCUCUGCAACUGCUUUGGAAUAGACAAUUGCUAUAUAAAUGUUUUCCGAAGUACAGCUUAAUAGCUGUCAUGGAAAAGAUUUGUGCUGCCAACAGCUGACAGAUUCCUGGGGGGAAAUGCCCUGAUAAAGCCAUUUGCAUGCAUAAGAUGUGGCAGUGAUGCACAGCACUGAUCAGACAGCAAAGAAAUUAAAUCUGGACUGAGGUAAGAACAGAGGUCAAAAAACAGUGGCGUGCAGCAGACUGUCAUCAUGUAGCAAUCAAUUGAUUAAAAGAACUGCAGGGAAGAAUUGUAAACUGAUGCUGCAUUUGACUAUCUUGCAUUAGAGUGUUUCGUUAGCAAUUCUGUGUUAUUUUCAGUUCUCCAAAACUCUUCCUUUAGAAUGCAAUGCAGCUUAAAUGGGAUAUGUCAAACCCUUGUAUUUUGUAAGACAUUAAAAGUUAAAUUAAUUGUCAAAUUGAAAUAAAUUUUCAAAUAUACAAUGUGAAGCCCUGCAUUUUGUGGUGAAAAAGAAAUCAAACUCACUUUUCCUUUGGCUACAGGACUUUAUUAUCAUUUUAACAGUUUUGUUUUACAUAAUAAAUAAGCAAAAAUGCUUUACAUUUUUAGGGAAUACAUAUGUAAUUCUGAGCAUUAAUAGGUUGUUUGGUUUGCGUGCUUUUUCUCCUACAUUUGUCAAAUAGCUCGCAUCUGCAUCAUAUAAAAAGAAGCAUAACCUAAUGUUCAGGAAAAAAAAAUGAAAUAAUAAAAUUGUGUUAAUUUUGAAGUAUCACUGAAA